CGAUGAUGCACGUUGAAAGCAAUAUGGCAGACCACUAUAUGCAGUUCAACCGUCUUCGUUGGGAUUUAACGCCCGAAUCCAUCAAAGACAAGACUAUUGAGCUAAUUGAGAAGGCCAAGUUGGUUUACGAUGCCAUCGGGUCUCAGAAAAAUGACGAAAUAACCGUAGAAAGUACCUUACAGGCAUUGGCCAAUAAUGAUGUGGAAUACAGUGUACAGCGUAAUAUGCUAGACUUCCCACAACAUGUCUCUCCAGAUAAGGACAUCAGAGAAGCCAGCACGGAGGCAGAUAAGAAGCUUUCUGAUUUUGAUGUUGAAAUGAGCAUGCGGCAAGAUGUGUAUGAUAACCUUGUGUCUCUGCGUGAAAAAAUCAAUAUGGAGGAGCUGGAGGCUGAGAAUAAGAGAUAUCUUGAAAAGUUGAUCAAACACGGAAAACGAAAUGGGCUUCAUCUGGAGAAAGAUGUUCAAGAUACAAUCAAGGCAUUGAAAAAAAGAGAGAGUGACAUAGCCAUCGAUUUUAAUAAAAAUCUAAAUGAAGAGAACACUGUCUUGGAAUUUACAGAUGAAGACUUAGUUGGUAUGCCCGAAGACUUCAUCAAAAAACUGGACAGGAAUGCGCAAAAAAAGUUCAAGGUUUCCCUGAAAUAUCCGGACUACUUUCCUAUUAUGAGGAAAUGCAGAAACCCAGAAACCAGAAGAAAGAUGGAGUAUGCUUUCAAUUCCAGGUGUAUAGUUGAAAAUACCAAAAUUUUGGAAGAUUUGGUUCCUCUUGUUUUCCAGAAAGCAGAUCUUCUAGGUUAUGAAACACAUGCAAAGUAUAUUCUUGAGUUACGUAUGGCGAAGAAACCUGAAGCUGUUGAUAAAUUUCUCAAGGAAUUAUCAGAAAAACUGCGGCCUUUACAAAAGUCAGAAUUGAAUGUCAUGCUAGAGUAUAAAAAAGAAGAGUGUGAGAAGUAUGGUUUAGAGUACGAUGGUAAGAUAAAUCUCUGGGACAUGAGAUAUUACAUGACAAUGGUAGAAGAAAAGAAGUAUACUGUAGAUCAGAAUAAACUCAAAGAGUACUUCCCCAUGGAAGUUGUAACAAAAGGAUUAUUAGAAAUAUACCAGGAACUUCUGGGAUUGAGUUUUGUUGAAAUUAAAAAUCCACCAGUUUGGGCUGAAGAGGUUAAAAUGUUCUGCGUCACUGACGUGGCUAGCAAAGAAUUUAUGGGACAUUUCUACCUGGAUCUGUAUCCAAGGGAGGGUAAAUUUGGACAUGCUGCUUGUUUUGGUCUACAACCAAGUUGUCUUUAUGGUGAUGGUAUACGACAACCUGCAGUGGCUGCCAUGGUUGCAAAUUUCACUAAACCAACAGAUGAUAAACCAUCUCUUCUCACUCAUGAUGAGGUAGAAACUUUCUUCCAUGAAUUUGGUCAUGUUAUGCACCAGAUUUGCGCAAGAGCCAAGUUUCGUAUGUUCAGUGGUACCAGAGUUGAAAGAGAUUUUGUGGAAGCUCCAUCCCAAAUGCUGGAGAAUUGGUGCUGGGAAAAAGAGCCAUUGCAACGAAUGUCAUCUCAUUACAAGGAUGGGAAGACACUACCUGAUGACAUGAUUGAUACAUUGGUCAAAGCUCGUAAUGCAAAUGCCGGCAUCUUUAAUCUUAGACAGAUACUGCUAGGUUCUUUUGAUCAGUCUAUCCACACCAGGGCUAAGGCUGACACAAAAAAAGUCUAUGCAGAGUUAUCAGAUACAAUUCUUGGUAUCCCGGCAACUCCUGGAACUAACAUGUGUGCCUCUUUUGGUCAUUUGGCUGAUGGCUAUGAUGCACAGUAUUAUGGAUAUCUAUGGAGUGAAGUAUUCUGUAUGGAUAUGUUUUAUACACGAUUUAGAAAGGAAGGAAUUAUGAAUCCAAAAGUGGGUAUGGACUACAGAAGAUGUAUCCUAGAACCAGGUGGAUCCAUUGAUGCGAUAGACAUGUUGAAGAACUUUCUUGGACGAGAACCCAAUCAAGAAUCAUUCCUGAUCAGCAAAGGACUGCAAGUUGAAUAAAUGUAUAACUCUGUGUCAUAUAAUCCUCACUUUGUAUGUAUCAGCAGUGUGUAGUAUAAUCACAUGGUCCAUGAUUGCCCAUCUCCUACAUCCAUCACAUGUACUUGUAGAUUGUCAACUCAGUUUAGAUUCAGUGAAAAAGCAAAUUGAGUUUAAUCAUAUUUUAAUUGUCUACUUGGCAUUGAUUUUUCAGGCCAACGAGGAAGGUUUACAUCAAGGAAGUAAACCAGUAAACGACCUUUCCAAAGUGGAUUUCUAUCAAAUUAAAUAAGGAAUUUAAGAUCUAAAAAAUGUGUGUUUGUUACAAAAUGUAGAAUUUCUCUGAACUGGUUGUUAAUUUCUACAAUUGCCAUGGUUACCAAUUUUUUGGAUCAUAAUAGAUACCGUAUUACAUACUGCUGUGACAAAUAGGAUAUGUACAAUGUAGUGUUUAGAAUAGUUUUAUGAAAAUAUUUAGUCCAAGUGGAAUUUGUAUGUAUAAUACUUUGUUUGUUUAAUGGAAGCUAGUAUGGUAUGCAUAUUCUGGUAAAUCAUUUAAUUCUGUUUUUUUAGUUUAACGUGUUCCCAUUGUAACUUUUGUCUACCUGGUCACAUUCCAACUUUGCAAAUAUUUGAAGCUUUACUCCCACCACAAGCUGUAAACAUAAAUUGGUGAUGGUUUUGCUAAAUAUUAUUAAAAGUAGAUUUAUUGCCCUGACCUGACUAGACCUUUCACAUUACAUUUUAUGAGUCCUGGAGGUUCAUAUCCAUAGAAGGGCAUUCCAAUUUUGUUAUUGUUUACAAAUCUGACUCAAAGAAGUUUGCUUAUUCUACAGUUCUUCUUGUUACACAUUCACAAUAUCAGCGUUUUAUGGAUUUGUAAAGUGUGAAUGUACAUGUAAUUUUGUAAAGCACACGUGUACAAUGCAUCUACUAGCAACCUUCACUGCAGUUAGUUAACAUUCACAAGGAAGGAGGAAUAAUUGACUAAUUUAUUCUGUUUUCUAAUCGAAACAUCCCAAAUAUAAAUGCAUACAAUAUUUGUUGCUGUGAACAACGUACAAUAUAUAAGAUAGAUGUCCUGUACACAUGUGGUUUGUCCUUUAAGUGUGUUCAAUUAACCGAUAAAGAUUAGUGAUAAAUAACAACAUUGCCGCGUUUAUUUGCAACUUAUUUGUCAUUUAUUUGUCAUUUAUUUGUCAUUUAUUUGCUGAGAAAACAUCAAAUCCUCAGGUGAUGUUACAAUGUAUUCAUUUAGUGAAUAUUAGAAACAGAUGGAUUAUAAUAAUUUACAAGAGUGUCACUUAUUAAAGUAGAAGAUACGUGUGAUUAGGUUCAGCAAAGGAAAAUAAUUUCCAGUUUUCUGAUGCCCGGCAGCAUAGUUAAUAUCAUUGAAGUGCGUUUUUUCACAAAUUUUGCUGAUGUAACUUUUUAAUGAUUCUCUUGGUGCUCAUACUGCUUUCAAUGAUGCUUUAUGAUCUUUUGUAGACCAGUUCCAUGUAUGGUGCAAAUUGUUGCUGUAAAACCAAGGACCCCAGGUUCAUGAAGUAGAAUUUAAAUUAAAAAUAAAAUUGACUGUUUGGACUUGGGGUGACAGUUAAUAAUCAGUAAUUUAUAACUGAUUCCAAAAAGAUCUAUUUUUGUAUACUUUGAGCUUUCUUUUUACUCUAAUUUGUUAUAAUGGUGAUUUGCAGAAAUGUCAGGGUAUUAGAAAUUGAAUAAAGUAUUGUAACUUGCAUAAA